UGGAACUGCGUCCGUCCAAAGUUGCUUCCAUUACAUUUACACGGCCGUGCAGUUUGCCCCUCUACUCGCUCUCACAGGUGUAUCCUUCAUUCAGCUCGAUGUAUCCUUCUUCGUUGGAUACUUGGUGACUUUAGUUGUCAACAUCGUCACCAUGCUGUUCUUCAAGUAUGCCAGGAGCGUGUUUCAACAGACUAGCCCUGACAAGGGCAAAGCAACUGCUUUGGUCGUGACAGCAGCAGGUAAUGCCAUAACGAGCAAAGUUACUGCGACACUAGCAACGGUCUCCUCUUGUUGCCAUUGCAACUGUUGUCCCAACCUCUGCUCUUCCUUACAAAAGAUCGAUGGAGAAAGUGUAGAGCUCCUUAGUGAGAGCGCCCUCAAGUCCACCUCGACAACUGUAGAUGUUGCGGACGUGGAUGAUCCGUCGACCCUGUCAUCAACGGCCAAUCCCACAGGAAGCGCCUCGGUAGACAAAUCCACGUCCAUUUGUCCAGCUCCGACUGCAGUUACAUAUGGUACCCUUGACCUGGACACAACCAUGACAGCGGAGAGCACACAAGGAGCUCUCCCCGAAACGGCCCGCCAUGCUCUGUGGGUCUGCUACGCAAUAAUUCUACUCUCCUGUGAAUUUCCAUACAGUAUCGUGCGAUACCAGGUUACCUCAUCCUUCGUAAGUCAGGCGGAGCGCAUGAAGCCGACCAUUCUGGGCCAAGCUGUCAGUCCAUCCCUCCUAGCGCGAUAUCUCCCCUUGCUAGGGAUCGCGUUCGCUCCUCUCGUUAACACUUACAUCUAUCCAUACGUUAGUAAACGAUUCAUCACAAUGACGACGCUCAAUCGAAUCAUCAUCGGUAUCGCCUUAGCCACCCUGUCUGUCCUGUCUGCCGCCACCGUGGAGACAGCCCGACUGACGUUCAUCGACCGAGGCGAUUUCUUCUUCCAGGAGAUCAACAACCAAACCGUCGUCGCUUCGACCCUGUCACUCGAUUUUCUCAUCCCGCAGUACUUUUUCAUGGGAGUGGCCGAUGUCUUUAUUUUCAUCUCCGGUCUGGAAUUCGCUUUCACGCAGUCUCCGUGCAACAUACAGUCUAUUGUGACGGGAAUCUUCUUGUUCUAUGCGGCAACUGGGCGGAUAGUUGCCAUAUUACUUGUACCUCUCAUAAACACCAUCACGGCAGCUGACCCAUGGUAUCCGUACGAGAUCAACGAUGGACAUCUCAACUACUAUUUCCUCGUCCUGACCGCCAUAAGCCUGACCAAUCUCAUCAUCUUCUUCAUGAUGGAGAAAGGUUACGAGGUCGUCGAUGGAUAUCUAUGCCCGGACGAAGACACAAUUGACGGGUCGACAACGGCGGCGACGACGACGGCGACGACACCCUCUGUAACAAUUUCAGCGAACGCCAAUACAGUUAUGCCUCUCCCUCAACCUGUGUCAUCUAUCACGUCAUCAGCAUAACUUUAUGAAAAUCGAACUGCUCGACAACCAAAAUAAUGAUUAAAGGAAAGCUCGUCAUCUCAUCACGUUCGUGUAUUUUUC